GUCGCCAAAGUUGCUAGACAACAAUAAACAGUAUGGCGACUACCAUGUAGGAAAAGGAGACAUAAGGAGGGUGUUAAUACUCGUUUGAUUGGUUGAGGACUUUCAUUUAUAUGUUUGAACGUUAAAACAUAAACAUGCCGGAAAAACUUCCACCAAUAGAUCGUGACAAUGGCGAUCCUAAUGAGAAAUUUCAGGCGAGAAAUUGGAAAAAGAAAGAUAUCAGAAAAAUGAACCCCCAACAAAGGAGCAGAUAUCUUGCAUAUGAAGAUCCAUCAAAGGAGGCUGUAGAAGCUCAGGGUAUAUCUAACAAACGUCUCCUGGACAGGAAACGCAACGAAUUGAGAGUGAAUGCACCACUGCCAGAGGAAGAGUAUGACGAGCGGGAAAAACAUGCCAAGUUAAUAGGACAGCUGAAAGCUGCUGAAUCAAGAAAUAGAUUAAGAAUUAUGCGACUACGCUACCAGUCAAACCGGAGCCAGGAGAUAAGUCAUUUGAUCGCAUGUCAGCCGACUGCUGCUAAGGCAGUGAGGUUACAGGCGUUGGUGCCUUCCUAUCCCGAACGCCGACAAAGGAAGGACACAUUGGAUAAACUAUCGAGAGAGCGGUGUGAAAGGUUACUAGAGGAUUCUCAAGGAUUAUUGGUAAACAGGAUACACUGAUUAAAUGGUGACUUUCUUUGUUCUUUUUUGAGGAAAUUUCAUAUGCAUUUAUCAUUUCAUUUAAUAUUCAAUCAAGAGCACAAGUUGUUGUCCGUGGAUGUAUGUUGUUAUAUGAAACAUAUCUUAAUUGUAAUCAAACAUAUUCAAUCAUGUACAUCAUAGUUAAAAUUCUGUCUUUGAUUUUUGAUUUUUUUUUUUUUCAUUUCAAGAGAUUCAGUAUUACAAGAAGAUGUACAUUUAGUUGACAUACUAAACUUUUAUACAUAUUGUUAGGAUUGGGGAGGGGGAGGGGGGGGGGGGUGUUAAGUUAAUGACUUAUUUGGAUAUACUGUUUUAUGUUUGUGUACACCGUAUGUUUACCAUAACUGAUACACAAUGUGAUAUCAUGAACAAUUAAUUAUUUCACAUUUGUAGAUUUUAAUAAUGUAUAUUGCUGUUAAGUAUUUUAUUUCUCUUUACCUAUGUACUGUCUGUAUAUAUAUAUAUAUAUCUGUGGUAUAUAAAUAUGUAAGGAGAUAAGCCAAACACUGUACUAUAUGUGUGAGAAGGUACAGUGCCGAGGCCCUGUAGGACUGUGUUUUAAGUUUAUGUAUACAAAUAUAUGCAUUGAUUGUGUUUUGGUGUUUAUUGUAAAAUAAUUUUAUAUCAUUUAGACAAUGAUUAUGGUAAUAAUAACAUAAUAGUGAUAUUGUUAACUACUUUUAAUUGUUAUUCAAAUUUGUGUAUACAUGUACAAACAUCAUUACAUAUCAACCAUCACAUGUCUACUGACAUGUAUAUAAAAAUUAUAUGUAUACCCGUAGUUUCAGUUUUACAGUUUUAUAUACAAUCAUAAGGAACUCUCAUUAAGGCUAAAAUAAAAUCAAUGGUUUCCCAUUAUAUUCAAAUUAUUAAAAAAAGAAAUUUCAUUACUUUUUCAAAAUUGAUACCUGUUAUCUGUUUUUAUAUAUAUAUUAAAAAAUAAUGUGAGUAUUAUAUUUUAUAUUAGGUUAUUCUUUUAAACAAUUUCUUGUUACACAAUACCUUCUUUCAGCCUCAUUUAACUUUUAAAGGGAUUUUCAAAAAUGUGAGAUUUCUUCCUUACAGAUAAAGAACAUGACAAAAGUUACCCUAGCACACACAAAAAAGAAAAAAGUGAAAUCUUUUGAAAUGUUCAAAGCAAAUUAUCCUAAUGGCUACAAAUGAAUUUGGCAUGACCUGAUUUAAAAUAAAGAUUGUCGUACAUAUGCCAAGUCUAAUUUACACCUUGCUUAAACACAUGCAUUGUAUGUAAGUAUCAACAUAUUACAAAUUUUUUGAAACUUCAAAAAUUUUAAUUUAAUUUUAAAUCCUUGAUUACCAUGAAUUUUGAACCAGGACAAUAAAAUUUGAUACUUUCUAUAUAUAAUAAGUACCAAACUAUAUACAUUGACACAUGUAAAUCAAAGUCAUUAAAUUAAAUGAAAAAUUCUGAAUAGAUUUUAGAUGUUUGCAAAAGUAUUUUGUAUACACCCUUUCGAUAAAGUAUGGGGUUCAAUAUCGAUUUAUUGUUGGAUAUUUGGAAUUUUUAAAGUUUCAAUAUUUCAAAUUGUUUUAACGAUAUCAGGAGUUUUUAUGUCAUCACUGGAGUUAUCUCCCCUCCCAUAUCGAGCAAGCUUUCAAAAGUCAUUACCACUAUAUAGCUAGUUUGUAGAUACCAUAUACAAACGACUUAUUUUUACUCAUUUAGUCUAUUAGUCUUACUGAAUUAUAUAGAAACAAUCCAGGAAUGCUGCAAUAUUAAUGAAAAUAAUUUCUGAAACUCAAAUAGGGAAAUUGAAGGCAGAAGGAAGAUACAGUGACAUAAGGGGGAAACGUUUAUACUGAUUAGUACAAUUCAAAAUUUGCUUACAAAAUAUUCCAAUGUCAAAAACAAACCAACAACAUGCUUAUGUUUUGAUGUAAUGCAUAUAAUAACAUCAAUAGUUAGCUUUGAUUUGACAAAAUUUGCUUAAACAUACAUAGCUAUGUCAUUUUAUGAUGGUGCAAAACUACAAAGAAGAAUGACAGAAAUGACAUUGUGUUGAUAAUUUAACAGAUUUUAUUCAAUAAGUUAUGGAACCCGGAAGUUUAGUUAGUUUUAUGGAAAGCUGUACUGGUACAAUAUUUCGUGAUGUGACCUAUUUUUGUAUUCUAACAAAGUGUUUUCGUAGUUUUGCAUCCUUGCAUUAGCUGAAAUAUUUGAAGAGGAUGUCCAUUAUUCAAAGAUCAGUGGUUUUUUUUACCAAAGGUACAACACAUCUGAAAAGAAGUCAUUUACAUUUACCUGAGGAUUUUCAGAAAUUAUUUUCACAUUGGGGGGCUUGUGCAAAGACCGCAGGCCAUGGUGCAUAUAGGCUAUUACUGUACAUAGCUCGAAAACACAGAGGCCCCAGGAAGGGCUUACCUGUGUAGAACGUAGUUAAGAUUUGUAGCUAGAAUUAUUUAUCACCUGUAUGGUUAAGCAACUUACAUGGUAUAUUCCAGUAUAAGAGAAUAAAAGUUUAUAUUAUAUAUAUAUAUCUAUCUUGUUGAUCGUACUACUUAGUUUUCAUUUGCUGAUAGCAAUGAAUACGUGACGUUGCACAUGCAUAAUCUUAACCUAUGGUCUGUAUAUAUAUGCAUUUUUAAUAUUACAUUAUAUGUAUAUUAUACUGUAUAUAUUAUAUUAUAUUAUAUUAUAUAACAUUUUGUGUACAUUCCGUGUGAUAGGAUGUGUGCUACGUCCAUGUAUAUGCUAGUCAUUUAGAAAUUUAGUGUUUUGCAAUUGUUAAUUAGAAUAUAUUUCCGUCCAAAGACUUGUAAAUGAUAACCAACCACUAAAAAGUUAUUUGAUAUUGCUUAUAACAAGCAUUUUCAUCGGCUUUAAAAUCUGUUACCAGCCCAUUAUAUAUAAAUUAUGAGGUUGACAAGAUGUACUCUCAACAUAAAUCGUUCUGGGUUAAUUCUUAAAUACAUGUAUAUAGUACAUCCGUAAUCAGCGUUGUAUAUGAGAGAAUGUGUGAGUAUUUAUAUAAUGUGAACAUUGUCUGUUUUAAUACAGAGAGUCACAGACGUCCUUGUCGUGUUUCAAACGAAGAACAUUAAGUUUUUUUUUCUGGCUCUAUUAUUACUUUGCUACUAGUCAUAAAUAGCCCAUAAUGUUUGUUUUUGAAUGCUUCAUCAAAUUACUGAACACUCUUUCUAAAUGUACAAACUCCCACAAAAGUCACACAGCCUGCAAUUGUCAUUCAAUGAAUAUGGCGGAAUAAUAUUUUAACAGUUGCAGCAAAAUAAAUAUGUCUUAGUGCUUGUGUAUUCUGGAAAUGCUAUCAAGCUCUCUAACUUAGUACAAUACAAUUACAUAUUUACCUGUAAUGACGUGUUGUAGAAAAGUUUUAGAUCAUAAUCACUUUUCGCCUGUUAAUAUUGUCAGCAUUAUUCACAAGACAAAUAUGAUUGAAUAAAUCAGCUGAAAUUUGAAUUCACGAAAGAAAGGACAGUGUCAUUACCAAUAGGUUCUGAAUAAGUAAUGUUCAUGAGAUAGAUUUAUUUGAGAUUGGGUUUGUUGACAAAUCAUGAAGACAUAUUAUCUUCGUAAGACAUUUCAUAUACAGUAUUUUGUUCCUGAAAAUAUAUUGCUGAUGAUAUAUUUUGUAGAUCUUUACGAAAGAGAAAACGGGUCUACCAAAUUAAUUCAACAACAUAUAUAAUCUAUUUGAUGUUUCGUAUACAAACUCUGGUGUGCACUUCUUCGUUUUCAUCUAUAGUAUGUCGCGUUCUUGAUUGUGUUUUUUAUCGUGAUGCAGAAUUCUAAAUGUAUGUUUAGAUAUUGAACGUGUUUCCGUGUUAUUUACUGUCUAAAGCGUGUUUGUAUUAACUAUAUCACCUACAUAUAAUACAUAAUGUAUGUAUGACUUACAAAAAAACGACUUAUUAUGAUUUGCAUAAAUAUUGUGAACGUAUAAUUUUCUGGUCCUUACGGUAAAGUAGGUUUGGACAAAUUACAUCAACGGUGUUAUUGCUUUUAUGGGAAAAAAAUGUACACGUGCCAAUCUGUUGUGAUUAUAGGUUGACAUUUAGAAUUGCGCAAAAAUGUGAGAGCGGAAAAAACCAUGUACGUUUACAGUUGUUUAAGUCUGCGUGAUCAGACGGCAUGGCUGCUUUUUAUACGGAUGUAUGUAGUUUUAAGAAAUCGUUUGUAUUUAGGAGUAUAACAGGUAUAUAUUUGUUGUUUUUUUUUAUUCAUUUUUAGUUAUUUUUAUCUCGUAGGGAAAUGUCUUUUUAGGAUGUUAUCGUGAUGACGAUAAAACAUCUCGCCCCAUCGUGUGUACCCGUACAUUAUAGUAAACACUAUUGGUAUUGUUUUAUAUAGAAAUAUAUAUAAUUAUAUAACGGGAAUAUGAAUUUCAUGACAUUUAUGAAAAUUACUAUAUUUCAUGCGCCUUUUAAGUGCUUUCUGUCUUAAAAAGCUCUUGGUAAUUCACACAAAACAUACCUUGGUAUUAGAUUUAAGAUUGCGCGAAUUUUCAUCCUUUCGUUUCGCUACUUGUGAAAGAAAUAUAUAUAAUAUAUAAUGUACAUGUGUUACACUUUGUUGCGUGCACCAACCUCGCUCCAUUCCAAUUGAGGAUCGUUUUGUUCACUAAGUAGAUUAGGUGAAUGGUGUGAUUGGUGUCUCUGAAUUAUAUCAAUAGGACUGUUGACAAUAGUAAUGACGAUCUGCAGGAUUAGGUAAAAUAAAUGUGAAUAUCGUACACUGCCUUCACGAGCUCCAGUGAUUCUGACUGUUUAGUUUUCAUUUCAUUUAGAUAACGGCUGGUAGCUUCUGGCGAGACUUAUACCUCUAAGUCUAACAGUCGGUAAAAUGGAUGGGCUCACUUACAAAGGUUUGAUUCAAUGUUUCACUUAGUCAUGCAACUGUCUUUUCGAUUGAUGUGUAUUAUCGAUACAUUCACCACGUCCGAACAGUAGAACACAUUAAUAGGCGUGCUUAUCCAGGUCAGGUCUGUGAUUUUACAUAGGAAGGAGUUCUUAUCAUCAACUGCCUGCAAUACAUCAAAGAGCACAGUUAGUCAGAAUUAUUCGGACAACAUAGCACACUUCUUUUUAAAACAGUUAUUCUUCUAGAGACAUUUUACACUCUUCAACAAAAGAUCUACCAUUUUAAGUGUAUAUUAUCUACGUGAUGUCUACGUCAAACCCCCCAUCAAGGAAAUAGAAGAAAAAAAACCAAGAGGAAAUGUUUUAUGUACUAAAAAAGUAUGGAUUUGGCAUAUUAAACUAAGAUUGGUCAUUUUCCACGCAUCAGGAAACACUUAACAGAAAAAGGGAAGACCGAGUAAUUCUUAAUAUUAUUUGGGAGAAAUCUAUUCUAUUUUGGUUAAUAUUAGUUUGGAGAAAUCUAUUCUAUUUUGAUAGCUUAAUUGCAUGUAUAAUGUAUUUAUUUAAAUGGUUUUUGAAAGAAUGGUUGUUUUAAAACGUUUUUGUACUGGUAGUAAUUAUUUGUGCGACACAAAAUAAAAAUUAUCAUAUACCUGGUA